AUGUCUACUCCAGAAGCUGACCAUUCCAGAGAUCCAUGUCCAAUUGUGAUUUUGAGUGAUUUCGGUGGAGCGUUUUCCAUGGGUGUCAUUGGUGGAUGCGUGUGGCACGGGAUCAAGGGGUUCAGAAAUUCCCCAUACGGAGAGAGAAGAAUCGGAGCUAUUUCCGCCAUCAAGGCCAGAGCACCGGUUGUUGGAGGUAACUUCGGUGUGUGGGGUGGACUGUUCUCGUUUUACGACUGUUCCAUCAAGGCUGUGAGAAAGAGAGAGGAUGCUUGGAACGCCAUCCUGGCUGGUUUCUGCGUUGGUGGUUCGUUGGCCAUCAGAGGUGGUCCAAGACACACCUUCAACAGUGCUGUGACGUGUGCCUGUGUGCUUGCAGUGUUUGAAGGUGUUGGUAUGAUGUUCCAAAGAUACAUGGCCUGGGCCAACAAACCAGUGGCCAUGCCGCUUCCCGAGCAGGCUGCUCCUGCUCCGCUCGGAGCUUAG